AAUGAUCGUGAUAUCAGUCUGUCCUGAUAAAAGAAGAAACACAAUCACUCCUGAAUCACAGCAUCUACAGGUCGGCGACCGAGGCAGCUUUUACUAAAUGGAGAGAAUCACAUGUAUGUCUCUUCUGCUCACAGCUGUGGUCAGUUCUUCUGCACGAGCUCCGCGUCAGUAUCACUUUGUGAAUCAGAAGAAGAGCUGGACUGAAGCUCAGAGUUACUGCAGAGAGAAAUACACAGAUCUGGUCACUAUCAGUGACAUACAAGAACAGAAUGACACUGAACAGACCAUAAAGAGAGUGAACAGCAAUGCUGACCGUGUCUGGAUUGGACUGAAGAACACAAGAGUUGGUUUCUGGAGUGACCCUGCCUUCUACACAGAACAGUACAGGAACUGGGGACCAUCACAACCAGGAGGAGAUGGAGACUGUGUUUACAUGAACUGUGGGAAUGAGCCUAAGUACAGUGGCAUGAUGUAGACUGUAAUACAACA